AGCCGGGGAGCACGACCGGCGGAACUCGGAUGGCGCCCAGCGGUUACGGGCGGGAUCGCAGGGCGAAGCCAAGCCGGGCCGGGCCCUGGCAGGAAAGGACGGGCCCGCCUGAGUCUCGGAUCUGGCUGGCUCGAUCCCCGACUCCCCCACUCCGCUGGGACCGCCUACUGGCCAUCGCCCGAGUCGGCCUGGCGGUCGUGCCCUGGGACGCGCCGAGGUCCUCCGAGCCCGCAGGGGGCGUUGUCGCCAUGCGGGCCACCCUCUGUCGGCGCGGGCAGGAAGUACGAGGGUCACUUCCGGCGGGGGCGCGGCUUGGGCUGAGGAGCUGACCCGGCCUGGCGCAGGGGCUGCACCAAGGGAGCAGGUAGGUUCAGCGGCCGCCGGAGCCCUCCGGUCGGCUUCUGGGCAUCUCGGCCUCGGCGAAAAGCGCGACCGCCCUGCUGCGCGGGGCCCGCGGCGAUGCCGUUCCUGCACGGCUUCCGGAGGAUCAUCUUCGAGUACCAGCCGCUGGUGGAUGCGAUUCUGGGCUCCCUGGGGAUCCAGGACCCCGAGCGACAGGAGUCUCUGGACCGGCCCAGUUAUGUCGCCAGCGAGGAGAACCGAAUCCUUGUUCUCACUGAGCUGCUGGAGAGGAAAGCCCACUCUCCCUUUUACCAGGAAGGUGUGAGCAACGCCCUGCUCAAGAUGGCUGAGCUGGGGCUGACCCAGGCGGCCGACGUUCUCUUGCGGCAUGGGGCCAAUCUCAACUUUGAAGACCCAGUCACCUACUACACGGCCUUGCACAUCGCCGUCCUGCGGAACCAGCCGGACAUGGUGGAGCUGCUGGUGCAUCACGGCGCCGACAUUAAUCGGAGGGACCGGAUCCACGAGAGUAGCCCCUUGGACCUGGCCAGUGAGGAGCCUGAGCGCCUGCCCUGCCUGCAACGCCUCCUGGAUCUUGGAGCUGACGUCAAUGCCGCUGACAAGCAUGGAAAGACUGCUCUGCUCCAUGCUCUGGCCAGCAGCGACGGGGUACAGAUCCACAAUACUGAGAACAUCCGGCUCCUGCUGGAAGGAGGGGCAGACGUCAAGGCCACCACCAAGGAUGGGGACACAGUGUUCACCUGCAUCAUCUUCCUACUAGGUGAGACCGUGGGAGGGGACAAAGAGGAGGCCCAGAUGAUCAACCGCUUCUGCUUCCAAGUCACACGGCUGCUGCUGGCACAUGGGGCCGACCCCAGCGAGUGCCCGGCCCAUGAGUCCCUCACCCACAUCUGCCUCAAGAGCUUUAAACUGCAUUUCCCUCUCCUGCGCUUCCUGCUGGAGUCCGGAGCCGCCUACAACUGCUCCCUGCAUGGCGCGUCCUGCUGGUCUGGCUUUCACAUCAUCUUUGAGAGGCUCUGUUCCCACCCAGGCUGCACAGAAGACGAGAGCCAUGCGGACCUCCUGCGCAAAGCCGAGACCGUCCUGGAUCUCAUGGUGACCAACUCUCAGAAACUCCAGCUGCCCGAAAACUUCGAUAUCCACCCUGUGGGCAGCCUGGCGGAAAAGAUCCAGGCCCUCCACUUCUCCUUGAGGCAGCUGGAGAGCUAUCCCCCGCCCCUCAAGCACCUGUGCCGUGUGUCCAUCAGGCUCUACCUUCAGCCGUGGCCUGUGGAUGUGAAGGUCAAAGCCCUGCCUCUGCCUGACAGGCUGAAGUGGUACCUCCUUAGUGAGCACAGUGGCUCCAUGGAAGAUGACAUUUGACAGGUCUCAGGCUACAGAACAGGGGACAUGGGCAGCCUUAGGUCAGCCUGUUGGUAGAACCUGGGACAGCCUUAGAGGGUCUUUUUGAUCUGGGAGAUGAGACGGGAUCCUUCAUGAGAAAAGCCAGCCAGGUAGAGCCUGAAACUGUGAUCACUCCAGUGGUGAAGGGUGUGGCUCUGUCUUCCAGAGAGACUGCUCCCUUCCCUCCAGCAGCACUCCAAGUCCCACCCAUGUUAGACAAAGGAACAGGGCUUGGACUGAAGUCAUGUUUAUACCCUCUGAACUGGAGGGCAGUGCCAGGGCAUUUACAGAAGCUGGGAAGGACCAAGCCUCCACAUCCCCAGGGCUGCGGGGGUCUUGUUUGCGGCACGUGGCAGUACAGCUGGAGAGGAAGCCUGGGGCGCGUCCUGUGCGGUGCCAAGGCCCCACCUCUGCCCCUUUUCCUUCCAGGUUCUGUUGCAGCAGUGUUUCUGGUGGGCUAGUGGGGAGGAGACACUAAGGGCCCCACAGGCUUGUCUUCAUGGUGUUGCAAGCCAGGCUGGCCCCUGCCUGUUCCUGUAGCUUUGGGGCCAGGUCAGCCGUGGCCCCACCUACCAGAACUGUGCUCUGCUGGCAGCUGUGCUUGUGCCAAACCCAGGGCCUCAGCGACCAUGACCUCUGCUAAAAAGCAAUCAUGAGUGUGCGGCUGGGGACAGACCUCUCUGUUGUCUCCUGUUGAGGGGCUCUCUUUGGAGCAACCCAAGAGCCGACUGUACCACCCAACUGGGAGCCCUCAGUCCCUUCCAGGUUGCAUCGGUCAUUGGGAAUUGUGGAAAUGCCUCUGGGGAUAAACUGAGGUGACUAAGUGAUAUAUUUAUAAGAUUAAACUGACUUUCUUGGCCUUAACGGUCCUUGUACAAUAUUUCUGCCCCGCCCCUCCACAGUUCAGGAUAGAGGCUCCCACAGCAGCUGGUAAGGAAGGGGGUGGCAGGUGUGAGGAGAUGCUGUGUUUGGGGAAUUGUUUCCAAGUCCCUGCAAAGAAGCACCACUACAGACUGGCGAGGGCCUCCACAGUGUUGAGGUCCCAUUUUAUUAUUUUUUUCGAAACAGUCUGUCACCCAGGUUGGAGUGCGAUGGUGCAAUCUCGGCUCACUGGGACCUCUGCCUCCCAGGUUCAAGCAGUUCUGCCUCAGCCUCCUGAGUAGGUGGCAUUACAGGUGCCCGCCACCAUGCCUGACUGAUCUUUGUAUUUUAGUAGAGACGGGGUUUCACCAUGUUGGCCAGGCUGGUCUCAAAUUCCUGACUUCAGGUGAUUCACCUGCCUCUGCCUUCCAAAGUGCUGGGAUUACAAAGGCAUGAGCCACUGUGCCCGGCCCCCAUUUUAUUUUAUUUAUUUUUUGGGAUGGAGUCUCGCUCUGUCACCUAGGGUGCAGUGCAGUGGUGCAGUGUCGGCUCACUGCAAGCUCCGCCUCCCGGGUUCACACCAUUCUCCUGCCUCAGCCUUCCAAGUAGCUAGCUGGGACUACAGGCGCCCACCACCAAGCCCGGCUUUUUUUUUUUUUUUUGUAUUUUUAGUAGAGACGGGGUUUCACCAUGUUAGCCAGGAUGGUCUCGAACUCCUGACCUCGUGAUCUGCCCACCUCAGCCUCCCAAAGCGCUGGGAUUACAGGCGUGAGCCACCGCGCCUGCCCCAUUUUAUUUUUCACUUUAAAUGCCUGCCAAGGAGCAGCCUCAAACCCAGAGAAGAACGAGGCUUCAGGGAACUUCCCUGCUGCAGGCUGUUGUCACGCUUUAAGGGUCCCAGGCUUCCACUGCCAAGCAGGACUUGGCACGUGAGCACCCCCAACCACAGCACCAUCAGGCAGCACCCAUGGGUUCCACCAGCCCAGCUCUGUCCCUCCCCUAGGUAAAGACCACACUGAAGUCUUCAAGUCCCCAACAACCAGGUUGGGGGUGGUUUCCUUCCUCUUCAGGCAGCCAGGCCCAUGGCUGGAAGGCUAGGCUGGAGGCCCAGGGAAUCGGCUACUGAUGUGACCACCGUAUUCCCACAUGGGGAGCCCUGGAGCCCCUUCCACCCAAUCCCAUCUCACAGGGCAGCAAGGCCUGGGCUCCUGCCUCACCGCUGGUUCAGCAGCACCCUCCCCCCACUGGGUCCCACCUUGCCUUUUGAAGAAGAAUCCGCAUAAUGAGUGGACGGCAGACAGCUAUAUUUAGUGAUGCCUCGACACUCACGAACCGCCAGUGUGGCGCCUGGAUCUUGCCCAGCUGCCAGCUCCCCCCACCCGGACUGUGGUUCCUCAGUUUCUCCUGCCAGCCCUGGCUCAUCUCAGGGCAAAGCUAUAGACGUGGUAGAUCUCAUCGGGGAGGUCCUCCUGCCUCUCCUCAGCCAGGAGGCUGAGGCCUGCGCUGCAGAUGAUCCUGCGGACCACAUCCAGGUCCCGGCACACACUGCUGUCCACGUCAUCCAGAAUCACGCCCUCCUGGGCCAUGUUGUCUUUGAUGACGAUGAUACCGUUGGGGCGGAGGCUGCCCUUGCAGCGCCGCAGGAACUCGGCCAGGUGUUGAUCGGUCAGGUGGCCUGGGGAGGGCAGAAGCAAGGUUACCAGUGCACAAUGCAAGGGGAUGCUGGCCACCAGAUGGGAUGUAUUUCUCAGCCCUCCUGAGCCCUUCAUUUGUGCCCAGCAUUUUGUGUGCACACAUGGCCUCCCUGGCUCUCAGCAGUCCCGACAGAUUUACUAAACCCCAUUUCAUAGAAGAGGAAACUGUGGCUCAGAGAUCUUCUACCUAGAGACACAUUAAGCCAGAAUUUAACUUGACGGGGUGACGUCCAAGUCCUGCCUGAUACCUACACGCCAUGAUGCCCCACCCCUGCCAGGCUUGGAUCAGAAGAGUGAACCUCAGCUAAGAGUUUGGCAUUGCAGGAGCUUCUGGACAGACUGCCUUCCCUACACUAGAAGUCCCCACAGAGGCUUCUGAGACCACAAAAUACAAGGCCAGACCUAGCGUGUCCACAGCAGGCCUGUGCUGCCCACCUCAGGAGGUGGCCGACUGCUGCUAGUGGCCUGCCACGCCAGGUCAGCAGCCCAGGGCACAGCGCUUGAGGUGUACUGUUAGGCUAAGAGGGUGCAGGGCUAGACACAAAGCUUAAACUUUUCAUCUUAUUAAAAAUAAAACCCUUAUAAAACUC